AUGUUCGCUCGAACAGCCGCCCGGAGUGCCAUAGGCAUCCGUGCGUUCUCAACCGCGCGAGUUUGCCGAGGCGAGCUAGCAUACCAGGUCUACGGGCCAGAGGGCGAACAGGCCGUCCGGGACCCCAUCGUGUUCCUGCAUGGUCUUUUUGGCUCUAAGCAGAACAAUCGGGGUAUCAGUAAGGUUCUGGCUCGGGACUUGAAAUGCCAAAUCUUUACGCUGGAUUUGCGCAAUCAUGGUCAGUCCUUCCAUGCCCAGGAACAUAACUAUUCCGUUAUGGCCGAGGACGUGCAGGAGUUCAUGCAACAGCAAAAGCUAGACAAAGCUGUUCUAAUGGGUCAUUCAAUGGGCGCUAAAGUUGCGAUGACGGUGGCUCUCAACAAGCCAGAAACCGUGUCGGCUUUGAUUCCAGUUGACAACGCCCCAGUCAGCAAAACUCUCAAGAGUGACUUCCACAAAUAUGUCCGAGGAAUGCAGCACGUGGAACAAGCUAGAGUUUCAAAGCAGUCAGAAGCUUACAAACUCAUGGAGCCAUAUGAAGAGUCACUUCCUAUUCGCCAGUUCCUACUCACCAACAUGGUCCGCUCUGAAGAGGACAAUGUGUUCAAGUUUCGCGUGCCAUUAGAUGUCCUUGGUCGCUCGCUUGAUAAUAUGGCUGAGUUUCCUUUCGAUUCGAAAUCCGCUCAAUAUGAUGGACCUACGCUAUUCGUCAGGGGGACAAAGUCUCGUUAUAUCACAGAUGAUACUAUCCCUGCUAUCAAGAAUUUUUUCCCCAGGGCAGAGGUUGCGGAUGUUGAGGCAGGACACUGGCUUAUCUCGGAGAACCCUGAAGCCUUCCGCAAAGCGGUGGUGAAAUUCCUGGGAUCAUCUUAA